AUGCUGCAGCAGGGCCUCCUGCUGAUGAGCGCAGGCGCUCUGACGGGGCCCAUUCUGCCUGCGCUUUUUGUGUGCUUCUUCCUUAUGCUGCGGGGCUGGAAGGGGUCAGUCAAGGAGCUAUCCAGCCGUCGCCGUUACACACUCAACAGCCCAGUUCACAGCAUGGAGGAGGAGGACUGGCCCGAGGCCAGCGCAGGCAGCGUGGCAGUUGUGGCGGCGCCGCCGCGGCCGGAUGAGGUGGCGGCGCGGCUGGAGGCAGCGGAGCUGGCCGCCCGGCUGAGGGAGCUGCGCGGCGUCGCAGAGUGA